AUGUCAGAUCCUGCCGCUGACUUUACCUCUCACACACGACUCUCUGCGCUCCUACAGUACCCAAAGUACUACCAGGCUAGACGUGAACAGAUAAAAUUGACCGAUUGCUGUUGCUUGAAAGCAACUAGUCUCAGGGACAUUGAAUUGUGGGAAUUGAUACAAAAAGAAAAAAGUAGACAACGAUCAUCACUUGAAUUAAUUGCUUCGGAAAACUUUGUAUCACAAAGUAUUCUUGAAUGCCUUGGCUCAUGCCUAACAAACAAAUAUUCAGAAGGAUAUCCCUUUGCAAGAUAUUACGGAGGAAAUGAAGUUAUAGAUGCUAUUGAGACUCUAGCACAAUCCAGAUUAUUAGAUCUCUUCGGUCUCAAGACUCCUGGAGCAGCACUUGGUGAUGCUGAAUGGGGUGUUAAUGUUCAACCGUAUAGUGGAUCCCCAGCAAAUUUCGCUGUAUAUACCGGUCUACUUAAUCCUCAUGACAGGUUAAUGGGCCUUCAUUUACCUGACGGUGGUCACCUUACACAUGGUUUCCAGACUUUGUCAAAAAAGAUAAGUGCCACAUCCAUUUUUUUCGAAUCUAUCCCCUAUCGUCUAGAUAAGGAGACGGAACUGAUCGAUUAUGAUGCACUACAGCAAGAUGCUCUUAAUGUAUUCCCAAAACUUAUAAUUGCUGGAAUUACCGCCUAUCCACGGUUGCUGGAUUACAAGCGUUUUCGUCAAAUCUGUGAUUCAAUUGGAGCUGUAUUACUAGCUGAUAUGUCCCAUAUUUCAGGUUUAGUUGCUGCAAAAGUUGUCCCAUCGCCAUUUGAAUAUGCAGAUGUUGUGAGUUCUACAACACAUAAAACUUUACGUGGACCGCGCUCUGGAAUCAUUUUUUAUCGCAAAAAAGAAAGACCUAUGGAGAGACCUAAAGUAAAUUGUGGCAUUCCUGUUGAUCAGUUGGAAACAAGAAUAAAUAAUGCAGUUUUUCCUGGUCUUCAAGGUGGACCACAUGAAAAUACAAUAGCUGCUAUUGCUGCUAUGGCGUUUGAGGCAAGUAAACCUGAAUUUCAAGAUUAUGCUCGUCAAGUUUUAGCAAAUGCUCAAGCUUUGGCUAAUGCUCUUACAUCACUCGGUAUCCGCCUUGUGACAGGUGGCACUGAUGUCCAUUUCAUUCUUAUUGAUUUAUCUAAAUCACCUGGUAAACCAAAAUUAGGUCGGGGAGAUGGAGCACGAGUUCAAAUGAUUGGUGAUCUUGUUGGUAUUGUUCUAAACAAAAAUACAGUUGUUGGUGAUUCUAGUGCACAGCAGCCGUCUGGUUUAAGAAUUGGUACGCCAGCGUUAACUACUCGUGGGUUUAAAGAAAAAGAUUUUGAAAAAGCUGCUUCAUUUAUUGACGAAUUACUUGACCUGACAGUUGUGGUUAAGUCUGUCUCAAAAAAUCUUAAAUCUUUUCAACUUAUUCUUCAAGAAGAUGAACACAUAAAAUCCAAGAUUAAGGAUUUACGUCAUCGUGUUGCUGAUUUUGCAUCUAGUUUCCCAAUUCCUGGAAUGGAAGAUAUUUAA